UAAAUAUAGACAUUGGCCGGAGUUACGCUUCAAGAGGGGAAACCUGUGACAAACACUGAGCGGAUAAUACUUAUUCUUUCAGCACGGGUCACACUUAAUGAAACUGUCAGAGGAAUUAUACCAUUGGUGCAGCAUUGACUAUCUACGUAUCAAAUGGGAGCUAACUUGGUAAAAACAUGGCACAAAUGCUGGAAGGACGGUAUGACCCAAUGAGAGUGCAAACUGUGUGUGUGAGGUGAUAUUUGGAGCUCUGUACCAUCAUGACUGGGGUCACGGUGUACUGUGGGACAGUGAACUCUAUCAAGGCUCUGUGGGAAACCAGGAUAAAGAAAAGCAAAGAUGAACUGAAGAAGGAGAGAGAGCAGAGAGACAGGAAAGCAGUGGGUAGGUUGACAGGUGCCUGGGAGGAUCGUAUCACUUUGGCCAAGCUAAAGGAAAAAGUUGUGACGGAGGAAGGACGCGUCAUCCUGCGGAUUGAAAAAGAGGAGUGGAAGACGCUUCCUCCUGCAUUGGUCCAACUCUCACAGAUCCAAGAAUGGCAGUUACACCGAAUAGGACUUCAAAAAAUCCCACGGUUCAUCUCGAGCUUUGAAAGCCUCAUAGUCUUGGACUUGUCUCGUAAUUCAGUCACAGAGAUUCCCAAAGAGAUUGGCCAACUAACUCGGUUACGAGAGCUGUUGUUGAGCUAUAACAGAGUACGUUGUGUACCAGAAGAACUGGGCUGUUGUGAAAAUCUGGAGAAACUGGAACUUGCAAUGAACGAAGAUCUGGAUGAGCUGCCUACUCAGCUUAGCAAUCUAAAGAAGCUGUAUCACUUGGACCUCUCUAUGAACCAAUUCACCACCAUUCCAGAUUGUGUGGUCAACCUUCCUUCUCUAGAGUGGCUAGACAUGGGCAGCAACAGGUUGGAAAGUCUGCCAGAAGAUAUUCACAGAAUGGAGAAACUUCACACCCUGUGGCUCCCAAGAAAUGAACUAGAGUACCUGCCAGACAAUAUUAGUCGCAUGCAAAGUCUGGACACGCUAGUUCUGAGCAAAAAUAAACUACGAGACAUUCCUCCACUUAUGGAGGGCAUGAGUAACCUCAGGUUUGUGAAUUUCCGAGACAAUCCUUUGACGUAUGAUGUGACUCUUCCUGAUUUAAAAGAGGACGUAGAUGAAGAAGAGAACGACCAGGAGAUGUUUGGUCGUGACUUCAUGCACUUCUACAUCCAAGAGGCCCGGAAAAGAGGAUCCCAAACGUUUACGUCAGUGCUAAAUGUGACGUUGGAUGGCGUGUCAGAGACGGCAUCAUCUAUGUGACUUGCAUGCUGGCUUCUGUCUGCUCGUCCGUCUUCAGGCUUGAUCCUCUGGUCCUUCAUGCCAAGUUCUGCGAAGAGCACUUCUCGCCCUUUUAAAUGUCUUGUCGCCUUUGCUGUUUGUUGAAAUUGCUGCUUCUAGUAUGCUCUAACUAAUGUUUAUGGUUAAGCUAAAGUAAAAAAAAGAAAUCCAUAAACAUUGAUUAAAUAAAAUGAAGCAUACGUGUCCUGCACCUGUGCUUGUUUUUAAGAA